AUGGCCCCGUCACUCCUUCAUCCCCCAAGCCAGCUCUCUCCGGCGCAAGCCCUCGAAUUGUCGCAACGUGCACCGUACGUGCUUCAGAGCUCGCCGAGCACCAUCUCGUCGUCGGUGUUGACGUCCCUCUUCUCCGCGCCGGAGAGCACAGAGCUAUGGAUUACCUACGAGAACCUGUUGCUGUCAUGCCUCCGGACAGGCGACGAAAUGUCCGCCCACGAAUGUCUCGAGAGGCUCGUCAAACGGUUUGGUGAUGACAAUGAGCGAAUCAUGGCUUUCACUGGCCUAGUCAAGGAGGCCGAAGCCUCUAACAAUGCCGAGCUCGAGAAGGUGCUCAAGGAAUAUGAUGCGAUCUUGGCCGAGAACAAUACCAACAUUCCUGUCACGAAGCGCCGAAUUACAUUACUUCGCUCACUAGGCCGUACUGCUGAGGCGGUUUCCGGACUGAAUGCCUUGCUGGACUUUUGUCCCGUCGACGCAGAGUCCUGGGCUGAGCUUGCCGACAUCUACUUCUCUCAGGGCCUGUACACGCAAGCUGUCUAUUCUCUGGAGGAAGUCUUGGUACUAGCACCAAACGCCUGGAAUAUUCAUGCCCGACUGGGAGAGGUGGAAUACAUGACAGCAACGGCCUCCGGUGCGGACGACAAUGCCGCUCGCAAGUAUCUUGCAGAAUCCUUAAAGAGAUUCUGCAGAAGCAUCGAGCUCUGUGACGACUAUCUGCGCGGCUACUAUGGUCUCAAACUGGUCACCACCAAGCUUCUGAACGAUCCUUCCAGAUACAGCAAGCAGACUGACUCAGAUGAAUUUUCGUUCCCCACCAAGGGGAUUGUCGAGAGGCUCAGCGAGAAGGCUACAGAGAAGCUCUCUGAGAUCGUCCGCCGUAGUAGUUCGAAGGAAAAAGGCUGGUGUGGCUACGAGGAGUCGGAACUUACAGCCGUACGCGAACUCCUUUCGAAUGAGUCAACCAGUGUCAUUAGAUGA